AAAUCAAAUACAGAAAGAAAAAAAACCACUCUCAGUACGACACCGUUUCGCAUCUCGCCGGCAACAAUGGACGACGAAGAAGAACAACAAAAGCUUCCAGAUCUAGUAAAAGCUCUCGUCCACCAUCUACUUUCUCAAAACCUUCCCCCAAAUUCCCCACCCUUAAACCCUACCUCCUCUCACUUCCAAAACUCCCUCCGUUACGCCCACCGCAUUCUCUCCAGCCACCUCACUCCCUCCGUAACCCCCGAUGCCGCCGCCAUCGCCGAAUCCAUCAAACGCCGUCUCGCCACCGAAGGUAGAUCCUCUGAAGCCUUAUCAUUCGCUGACCUAUAUACCAAAUUCGUUUCCAAAGCCGCCGAUGUUGAUAACAAGUGGGCCCUACUUCAUCUCUUCAAUAUCAUUUCUCAAGAUCGUAAAACCGCCGUUAAAUCUCAACUCGAUGCUUCCGUUUUUCUUCCGAAUUUAACUAUCUCCGAUAACAACGUUGGUCCACGCCGUAUUGAAAAUAAGGGAUGGAGCGACGGUGUUGUUGUUCUUGCUAAGGAUCCUAAUAAUCGCCGCGACAUUGCGUUUCAUGAGUAUGUGAAAUUGGUUAAGGAAGAAAACGAUGUGACGGAAGAGGCUAUGGUGACUGAUGUGCUUUAUGCUUGUCAAGGAGUUGAUGAGAGCUAUCAUUCCUGUUGAAGAUCAAAAGCCAUUCCUUCAUUCUGCUUAUCAGAAUCACUCCAAGGGCUUUCACAUAGACAUCAACAUGCUUCCCAAGCCAUUAACGUCAAUUGAUGAUUCGUCUUCUGCAAGUGAUGGAUCAAAGGUGCGCGUGGCUUAUCAGGGAGUGCCGGGAGCAUACAGUGAGGAUGCAGCUUUGAAAGCGUAUCCAAAUUGUGAGACUGUGCCAUGUGACGAUUACGAAGCUGCAUUUAAGGCAGUUGAACUGUGGUUAGUUGAUAAAGCGGUUUUACCAAUUGAAAAUUCUGCGGAUGGAAGCAUCCAUCGCAAUUAUGACUUACUUCUUCAACAUAAGUUGAAUAUUGUCGGAGAGGUGCAGCUGCGUGCUAACCACUGUCUCUUAGGAUUGCCCGGUGUGACAAUGGAGGAACUCGUCAGUGUUGUGAGUCAUCCUCAGGCUCUUGCUCAAUGUAGGACGGUGCUGAACGAUUUAGAUGUUGAUAAAGUUCGUGACCAGGAUACUGCCGUUGCUGCUAAGACAGUGGCCAUAAAUUGUGUAAGACACACCGGAGCCAUUGCAAGUUCCCGAGCUGCAGAAAUAUACGGCCUGGACAUUCUUGCUGAAGGAAUUCAGGAUGAUGAUGAAAAUGUUACCCGUUUCUUGGUCCUUGCGAGGGAGCCUAGAAUUCCAGGAACUGACAGGCCCCAUAAGUGUCCUCAACAACGUAAUCAAAUAGAUUGCGGGUAUUUCAUGUUGAGGUUUAUGCGAGAUACUCUUGCUUUGGGCCGAUUAAAGAUUCGAUUCAUUAUAAAUCACACUAUUGGGUACUUUGAUAAAGAAGAAAUGGUAAGAACGAUGAUGUCAAAAGAGUUUGUGGCGCGUUUUGCAUUUAUUCCAACUUUCAUUCGAGAGUUCCUUGUGGAAUUCAUGUGCAUCCUCCGUAAUUCGUACGUUGAGAUUUCAAGUUAUUUGAUUAAACGACAUGGAAAGCAUGCUCUUCUUGUUCAAGUUUAUGUUGAUGAUAUCAUUUUUGGUUCCACUAACAUGCAACUUGUCAAGGAGUUUUUUAAGCUUAUACAAGUGUGUCAUGGUUAUAAUAACAUUUCUGUUUUUGGUUUGAGUGGUGAUGAAUCUACGAUUCUCCUUGCUAGAGCAUAUGCAUGUGCAACAUUCGGGAGCACCAAAGAUAUAUAUCAGGUAAACAUGCCGCUUUUGUAG